UUAACAUGGACAGACAAAUUGUGGGUAAGCUUUAGUGUGUUUACUAACUCCGUUACUUUAUCGUGUUUACUGUGUGCAAAUCCUUUUUUCUUUUUCUACGGUAUGUUUAAACUCUUUAUCCUUUGGUUAGGGGACUAUUUUCAAUGCUAUAUGGUACCACCAAGAUUGGCUAGUAUCCGCCCAUAACACAAUGUUGGAAACUCUAAAGCUAAAACUACAACUGAUUAUACACUCUUAGAAAAUAAAGGUGCUAAGUAGAACCAUACAGGGUUCUUUGGCUUGUAACCAUAAGUUAACUGCCUGUAUAUGGUUCUACCUAGAACCCUCUAGGAAGGGUUGUACCCCCCAAAAAUGAUCAGCUAAAGGUUCUUGCUUGAACUGUCUAUGAAGGCUUCUAGCGUGCACCUUUUUAUCUUUGGAGGGUUACGACUAAAACCCUCUAUGAACGAUUAGAACCCACCAGCCUUAUUAACAUUUAAAAUGUAGUUGAAUUUUUUUUAUUUUUUAUGAUUGAACCUUUAUUUAACUUGGCAAUUCAGUUAAGAACAAAUUAUUACUUACAAUGACGGCCUACACUGGCCAAACCCGGACAACGCUGGGCCAAUUGUGAGUCGCCCUAUGGGAUUCCCAAUAUAGGCCGGUUGUGAUACAGCCUGGAUUUGACCCAGGGUGUCUGUAGUUACACCUCUAACACUGAAAUGUUGUUCCUUGGACCACUGCGCCACUCGGGAGCCAAUACAAGACAUAACAUAUAUAAUAAGGCCUUUCUUUGAGGCCCUAGUUAUACCCUAACACAGUGGUGUUAGAAAUAUCCUGGUUUACGGGCCACAUCAGGCCUGCAAGUCCCAUUAUGCCGGCUUGCAAAGUGAUGUGUAAUUCAUAUUGGAAUCCAGCCAGAAUUAGGAUAUCCAACAAGUGUAAUUGUUAAUCACCCGCAACCUGAAUUCAGAAUGACUGCCAGGGUAGGGAAGAUUGAAUAGAGAGACUACCUCAAUCAUCUAAACUGGAACAGCCAUUUCAGUAAUGUGUGCAAUAAAUCCAGUAACUAACAGAAUGGAUUAGUUUAGAAAACUGUAUGUUAUUUAUCUUUGUGUAGCAUAAAAUGUAUCAACUUACAUACAAAAACACAGAUACAUUAUUACAGUAAAACAACAAAUUCUGAAAACCUCCCUGCAAUAGAGCAUGCUGUAAAAUAUUAUGUAUGGUUCUAUGUUGAACCCUUCUUGCCUUCCAAAGAAUCAUCAAAAAAAAACUUUCUUUCAAAAAACAGUUCUUAGGAUGUUACACAUUCCAGGUAGAACCCUUUGAUUUACAAAUAACCGUUUUCUUCCAAAAAGGGUUCUUCUGAUCACAACAGUUCUUGGUAGAACCAUAUCCCUCCGCAAAUAACAUUUGUGGAACCAAUUUUUCCAAGAUAAAACAUUAGUUUUAGUUUUUCUCUGUCUAGAUAUGGCAUCCUCCAGCAAUGUCCUGUCUAAAGAGCAGUUCCUGUGCUCCAUCUGUCUGGAUGUGUUCACUGAGCCAGUCUCUAUUCAAUGUGGACACAACUUCUGCAUGGCCUGUAUCAGGAAGUACUGGGAUACCAAUGACCUGUGCCAGUGUCCCAUGUGUACAAAUACAUUUGAUAAAAGACCAGCUCUCUUUGUUAAUGCUUUCAUUUCUGAGAUUUCUGCUACUCAGUUCAGGAAGUCAGUUAAAAGGAAAGCUACCAGCAGCCCAGACCAAUGCCCUGCCAAACCUGGAGAAGUGUCCUGUGAUGUCUGCACUGAGAUGAAGCUCAAGGCACUGAAUUCCUGCCUGGUGUGUCUGACCUCUUACUGUGAGACUCACCUGGAGCCUCAUCAGAGAGUCGCAGCCUUAAGGAGACACAAGCUGAUCAACCCUGUUGAGAACCUGGAAGACAGAAUUUGCAAGACAAACAAGAGACUCCUGGAGUUGUUCUGUAGGAAUGACCAGAUGUGUGUUUGUGUCUUGUGCAUAAAAACAGACCACGAGACUCACCAUACUGUCCCUCUAGAGGAAUAGUUUGGAGAGAGGAAGGGUAAAUUGGAAAAAACACAGGCAAAAGUGCAACAGCAAAUUCAGGAGAACCUGGAGAAGGUUCAGGAGAUCAAACACUCAGUAGAGCUCAGCAAGUGAAACUCAGAGAGAGAGAUCACAGACAGCGCUCAGGUCUUCACUGUUCUGAUGCUCUCCAUUGAAAAGAACCAGGCUGAUCUCAUUGAGGUGAUUGAGAAGAAGCAGAAAGCAGCAGAGAGGCAGGCUGAAGAACACAUUCAAGAGCUGGAGCAGGAAAUCACUGAGCUAAAGAGGAAAAGCACUGACCUGGAGCAGGUCUUACACACUGAGGAUCACCUCCAUCGAGUCCAGAGCUUUCCAUCCUUAUGCACCCCUCCACCCACCAAGGACUGGUCUGAGAUCAGUGUUCAUAGUGAUCUCUGUGUGAUGAGUUUGAGGAGAGCGGUGUGUCAGUUGGGGGAGACACUGAAUAAAGAGAUUGAGAAGCUGCCUGAAAUCAAACUGAAGAGGAUUCAGCAGUAUGCAGUGGAUGUGUCUCUGGACCCUGAUACAGCACAAAGUGAACUCAUCCUGUCUGAGGAUCGGAAAGAAGUAAGAUAUGGAGACACACGACAGAAUCUCCCUAAUAACCUAAAGAGGUUUGAUCCUGUCCUUAUUGUCUUGGGAAAGGAGGGAUUCUCCUCAGGGAGAUUUUACUACGAGGUGACUGUUACAGGGAAGACUGGAUGGAGUUUAGGAGUGGCCAGAGAGUCUAUAAACAGGAAAGGGAAUAUCACACUGUCCCCUGAUAGUGGAUGCUGGGCUGUGGUCCUGACCGAUAGAAGUAAGUACGGAGCUUGCGCCCCCAUCUUUACCCCCCUCUCCCUUAGAGAGAAGGCCCAGCUGGUCUCCUUUUAUGAUGUGGAGGCCAGGUCUCAUAUCUACUCUUUCACUGGCUGCACCUUCACUGAGAAACUAUAUCCAUGCUUCAACCCUGGUGUUAAUCAUGAUGGUAAAAACUCUGCCCCUCUGAUCAUCUCUCCUGUCAAUCACACAAGACUCUUCAGAAAUAUCUAUGAAAUACACAGUCUGCUAUCUCACAGAAAAUACAAAGAUAUUACCCACAAACGCAUGCAGCUCAUUAAAGAGCUGGAGCAGGAAACCACUGAGCUCAAGAGAAGAAGCACUGAGCUGGAGCAGCUCUCACACACUGAGGAUGACCUAAACCUCCUCCAGAGCUUCACAUCCCUGUGCAGCCCUCCACUCACCAAGGACAGUGAUCUGUAUGUGGGGAUUGUGAGGAGAGCCGUGUCUCAGCUAGAAGAGACAGUCAUGAGUGAGAUGAAGAGGUUGUUUGAUGAUGAGCUGAAGAGGAUUCAGCAGUAUGCAGUGGAUGUUAUUCUGGACCCUGAUACAGCAAGCCCCUGGCUCAUUCUGUCUAAGAAUGGGAAAGAAGUGAGAACUGGAGAAAAAAAACAGAAGCUCCCUGAUAACCCAAAGAGGUUUGAUUCUGCCGUUAAUGUCUUGGGAAAGAAAGGCUUCUCCUCAGGGAGAUUCUACUAUGAGGUAACUGUUACAGGGAAGACUGGGUGGAAUUUAGGAGUGGCCAGAGAGUCUAUCAACAGAAAGGGGACUGUCGCAUUAAGCCCUGAUAAUGGACGCUGGGCAAUGAUCCUGAGGGAUGGGAGUAAGUACAUAGCUUGUGCCCCGACCCGUGUCCACCUCUGCAUGAAAGAGAAGCCCCAGAAGGUGGGGGUGUUUGUGGAUUAUGAGGAGGGUCAGGUCUCUUUUUAUGAUGUGGAGGCCAGGUCUCAUAUCUACUCUUUCACUGGCUACACCUUCACUGAGAAACUAUAUCCAUACUUCAGCCCUUUGCUCAAUGAUGGUGGUAAAAACUCUACUCCUCUAAUCAUCUCUCCUGUCAAUCACACAGACAGAGUUUGAACCUGAAAUGAACUGACCUGUAAAAUGAGUACCUCAAUUAGAGUUCAUUCUUUCAUAAAACACCAGGGAGAAUAUUUCACUGUAGUUUAUUAACUGAUGUUUGUUAUUAUUAUUUGACUUCUAAACAAUCCUUUAUCUGAUCUUAAUGGAUCACUGGGCCGGCCACUCUUCAAUAUCACCUGGGCCAACACCUUCCCACUAAUGAGAUGACAAACCAGCACAGGUGUAACAUACUGAGUAACGAGGGGACACCAAUCAGUGCGCCCCACACGCCAACGUCCAACCUCUAAAUAUAAAUGGAAAAACCAAAGCCUAUAAAUAACAUUGUCAGUCUGUUAGACAUGAUGAGUACAGAAUGCAGCAGCAAUGUAACAGUUGACCUGUAUUACCAAUAUCUCAGGCUCAAAACAAGGUAUGACUUCAUGUCUGAGAGAGAGAAUUCAGAGGUUGUUCUGAUUACUGUCCCCCAUGAUGAAAUCGGGGAGGGGACUUUGGCUCUGUCUCUGUCUGAUAGCACGUUUGUAUGUUUGUCACAAGCAAUAUCUCAGACUGGAGGGCCUGUUUUUGAUGAAACUUGGUUGUAUGAUGUGUCUUGCUGUAGAGAUCUGGCAUUUUCUAAAUGACACAGAUUGGCCAGGUGGAGGCACUAUAACAAGCAAUUGAAAAUGCACAUUUUGAAAGGUCACGCCCCUCACCCAGUUUGUCCAAUAGUCAUGAAAUUCAGGACAUCAGUCCUCCUCUUCACAAGGACCACAUUUGCAGCAGGGAUCCAGAAGGUCCACCACGAUGGAUAUCCCACCAUUUAGAAUUAGGUGAAAAACACUUCAAACGCUUCUCCUCUGGCACUGAAUGACCCAUCAGCAAGACACUUGAUAUGCGGCACAUGUGGACAAACGUCUCUCAACGCAAUAUAUUCCAGACUAGUACCUAAAACAACAUGGCCGUAAUGGCCAAUAAACUUUCAUGUGGUCCGAAACACAAAUCAGUCACAGAUAUUUGUAUUGUAACAAAUUUGGUACACAUGUUGAAAACACUGUCAACAAGACUCAACAUAUGCAAGAACAUUCAUAUUGACCACGAGGUGGAACUAUAACUGGCACAUGUUUUGUUAAUAUCAGCAUAGUCUCGUUUGAAUUUGCCGGGGGAAGGGGGGUAUCAUUGAGGGGGACGAAAUGUUUAAUGCUGCAUUGUUUUAAUUCUGAUAAUAUCAGCACUAUAUGUUUGUUUUACUUAGAUAUAUACAAUGCAUAUACUCUGUUGAUCCUCAUUAGCUUUAAUGGACACUGAGUAACAUUCAGGAUGUCUGGAUAAAUAUAUUAAGUUGAAUAGUGAUACACUUGGUAUUCAGUCUAGCACAGCACCAGAGCUUUAGAAUAGUGAUACACUUGGUAUUCAGUCUAGCACAGCACCAGAGCUUUAGAAUAGUGAUACACUUGGUAUUCAGUCUAGCACAGCACCAGAGCUUUAGAAUAGUGAUACACUUGGUAUUCAGUCUAGCACAGCACCAGAGCUUUAGAAUAGUGAUACACUUGGUAUUCAGUCUAGCACAGCACCAGAGCUUUAGAAUAGUGAUACACUUGGUAUUCAGUCUAGCACAGCACCAGAGCUUUAGAAUAGUGAUGGGUAUUUAUGACAUCAGCCUGAUUUUAUGAAAUGAGAUUGAAUUGGAUGUCAUUUUUUCAGGGGAGUAUAUUAUAUGGGGGUGUUUGUAAUCGUCUGUUUCUAUGGUUUUGAUGACUCAUUGUCACUGCAUUUCAACAUCACCUUGUCGUAAUAAAACUAAAGUAUACAGUGUAUUGUGUACGGUACCAAACUCUC